AUGGACAGAAUCAUGCGAGUGUUGCAGCUGUCGAGACCUUUUCGUCGACGCGACGGCACAGCAGAAAUGGAAGCAGCCGCUCCCGACGCUCUGCGAUCGUCAGACAACGCGUCACGUUUGACAGAAACGUCGCCCGCGAGACUUCCAAAUCAUGCGACGGCGCACGAGAAGCCGCAACAGCGAAUCGCUCACGUGGACGAUCCCGACCGUACGAUCCGAGAGGCCGAGCUAGAAGCAUCGGACGGCGGAGAGGGCCUGCUAGCGAGAUGGAGGAUCCAUAGAAGCCGAUUGGCUAAUAACCGCAUCCGGACGAGUAAAUACACGCUGCUAACCUUCCUCCCUCGCAACCUAUUUGAGCAGUUUCAUCGCGUCGCGUACAUUUACUUCCUCGUGCUAAUCUUAAUCAACCAGAUCCCGCAGCUCGCGAUCUUCGGCCGUUACAUCUCCGUCAUUCCGCUGCUCUCCGUGCUGACGGUAACGGCGAUUAAAGACGCCUUCGAGGACUGGCGACGCCACCGCGUCGACGCGCAGGAGAAUGGGCGCGAGUGCUUCGUGUACCGCGGGGGCCAGUGGUGCUCUGCCACGUGGCAGAGCAUUCGCGUGGGAGAGUUGGUGCAUGUACGGGGGGACACGACGGUUCCGUGCGACAUCGUGCUUCUGGCGUCUAGCGACCCGUCGGGUCGCGCGUUUGUGGAGACAAUGAAUCUGGACGGCGAGACGAACCUCAAAACCAGGUACAGUGUUUCUGCUGCUUUAAAAAGCACUGAGUCGGCCGCUGGUGUAGCAGGGGGCAGGGAUAGCAUAGCGUGGGUGGAGGGCGUUGCAGUGUACACUGGCGGCGACUGCAAGGUGGUACUUAACUCCGUGGGCGCACAGUCCAAGCGCAGCCGCAUAGAGUCACACCUAGACCGAGAUAUGCUCCUCCUCGCGCUUCUCCUCACUCUGCUCUGCCUGAUCUGUGCUAUCGGCAUGGGCGUGUGGCUUGGCAGUCAUGACCUACCAGCUCUGCCGUACUACGGCGUGAGUUAUGAUUACCUGGGCGUGGGAGGGGAGGCGGCGCUGAACUUCUUCGCAACGCUGAUUCUGCUGCAGGUGCUGGUGCCGAUAUCGCUGUAUAUUUCCAUGGAGCUGGUGAGGAUUGUUCAGGCUGUGCUCAUGACGUGCGACCGGCACAUGUGUGACGAGGAGGGGGAGAGGGAAGCGGAGGCGAGGGCGGGGUGGAGGAGACACUGGGUGGGGAGUGGGAGGGGAAUGAGGAUUGGCCGAUGGGGGAGGAAAAGGAAACGCGUGGGAGAGGUGAAGGGAGGCGAGGAGGCGGCGGAGGGGCAGGGGGAGGAGGUUGGGAAUGGGGCGGAGGUGGGAGCGGCGGGGUUGGGUAAUGGGAAGGGGAGCAGAGGUGGUGAUGGUGGUGUCAGUGGUGGCAAGAGCGAGAGUGGAUUGCUGUGCCGUGCGUUGAACAUUAAUGAGGAUCUGGGGCAGGCUGAUGUGGAGGCUCGGUCGGUGCAGCCGCCUGAUGUUGUUGGUGGUUUGGGACCGCUGCAGCUGUCAGCAGGGUUGGCUCGGGAGUUUGCUGACGUGGCGGGGCCUGGUGCUGGCGGGGUGCUGGAUGAGUUCCUAUUGGUGCUGGCGGCGUGCAACAAUGUGGUGCCGACACGUGUCAGUGUGACAGCGAGCGGUGAGCUGGAUAUGCAUGCUGUGGGCGAGGGGGAGGAUGACGUGGCAGAGGAGGAAGAGGGAGAGGAGGAGAUUGAAAGGGAGGGAGAUGGAAGAAGGGAAGAUGCUGGAGAGGAGCACAAGGGAAAUGGGGGGCCGGUUAUGGCAACGCAGAAUCGAAGUCCUGAUGCUGCAGCAUCUGUGGGUGCUGAUGUGGAACUGGGACUGCUUGACGCUGCAGCAGUGCCCAUUGCUGACGUGGCAAGUGAUGACGUGGCAGAGGAACUGGCGGAGGUGAUUGAGUACCAGGGCGAGUCGCCAGAUGAGGUGGCACUGGUGAAGGCUGCGGCCGGCAUGGGUUGGCAGCUAGUGCAGCGAUCAGAGCACCACAUCGUGAUCAACGUCCGAGGGAAGGACGAAAGGUACGAGGUGCUGGGGGUGCACGAGUUUGACAGCACCCGCAGGCGCAUGUCCGUCGUGCUUCGCUGCCCGGAUGGUUCCACGAAGCUUCUCGUCAAGGGCGCCGACAGCGCCGUCCUCAGCCGCGCCGAGUGUGAAGAAGGUGCUGGGAAGCUUCCUGGAGGAGAGGAAGGAGGAGCAUCGGGGAGAGGAGUGGGGAAGGGUGGGAGACGGAGGCGAAGGAGUGGGAAGGGAUUUGGGUGUCAGGGGCCUCUGGGGGGUUAUGUCAGUUGCUUUGUGGGGACAGCAGCAGGGGCAGGGGACCGGGAAGAGCAGAGUGCAGCAACAGGGAUGGUGGUGAGGGAUGAGAUAGACGAGGAGAGUGAUGGUGACGACUGUGGGGAAGGCGAUGGGGAAGGCGAGGGGGAAGGCGAGGGGGAAGGCGAGGGGGAAGGCGAUGGGGAAGGCGAGGGGGAAGGCGAUGGGGAAGGCGAGGGGGAAGGCGAUGGGGAAGGCGAGGAGGAAGGCGAUGGGGAAGGCGAGGGGGAAGGCGAUGGGGAAGGCGAGGGGGAAGGGGAAGAGGAAAAGGGAAGGGAAGAGGAUGGUGGAUUGGAGGAAAGGGAAGGCGAUGCAGUGGUGGGUACGGGGGAGAGUGUGCGAGAGAAUGGUCAUCUCCAGCACCACAAAUCCUCGCACGAUCUCUCUCGUCAACAGCACCGCAUUCUCUCUGCCACAGAGCGGCACAUACACCAAUACUCCCAAGCUGGCCUGCGCACUCUCGUCAUUGCCACCCGCCCGCUCCCGCCCGCCGCCCUCCACGCCUGGCUCGCCGCCUACUGCUCCGCCGCCUGCUCCCUCUCCGCCGACCGGGACGCACAGCUCGCCGCACUAGCAGACGAAACGGAGCGGCACCUGCAGAUUCUGGGCGCUACAGGCAUAGAGGAUAGGCUACAGGCGGGCGUGCCGGCAGCGCUACAGAUGCUGAGAGGGGCCGGCAUGAAGGUGUGGAUGCUGACUGGAGAUAAGGUGGAGACGGGUGUUUCUAUUGCUCGGUCGUGUGGGCUGGUGAGGAGAGAGGACCGGGUUGUGAGAGUGAGUGCAGGGACCGAGAGGGAGUGUGAGAAGAGGUUGAGGGAGGUAUGUGGGAUGGAGGGGAGUGGGGUGGGGGAAGCUGGGGGGUUAGGAGAGGUGGAGGGGGUGGGGGGCGGGAGAGGAGAGGGAGGGGCUGCAGCAGUGGAGGAGGAGGAGGGUGAUUGUAGGGAACGUGGGAGCAGCAGCAGCAGCGUUAGUUGUGGGAGUAGCGAGGUGCGGGGCCUGAAUGGGGCUAGCCUGGGGGAGGACGACGGCGAGGGGAGGACAGGGGAGGAGGUGGGGAAACACAUGGGCGCCCUGGGCUCGUGGCAUGUAGGCAGUACAGCAGCGUCAUGCGCCAUGGCCAUCGAUGGCGCCACACUGGCACUCGCUCUCUCACCUACUCUGCAAGGCCUGUCGCCUCAAAACUGGUGCUGUGCUCUGGGGUUGGGCCCGCCCCACAAUGACUGUCCUAUUUCCCCCUUCCGUUUCUCUCUCCUUCCGCCUCUCCCCCUGUUCUUCUGUGCCUCACAGCACUGCUCUGUGGUGCUGUGCUGCCACGUGGCGCCCAUGCAGGAGGCUGCUGUGGUGGCCCCCACAGUGACAGUCCUAACCUCCUUCCCCCAUUUCCUCUCUCCUUCCCCCUCCCAUCUCUCUAUCCUCCAGUUCUUCCGAGCAUCACAGCGCUGCUCCGUGGUGCUGUGCUGCCACGUGGCGCCCAUGCAGGAGGCUGCCGUGGUGGCCCUCACCUCAUCACCCUUUCAUCUUGCUCCCCGCCUGCCUCCCCCGCCAGUUCUUCCGAGCAUCGCAGCGCUGCUCCGUGGUGCUGUGCUGUCGAGUGGCGCCCAUGCAGAAGGCUGCUGUGGUGGCACUUGCGCCAACGACGUGCCAAUGAUUCAGACUGCCGCCAUAGGGGUGGGCAUACGAGGCCACGAGGGGAGACAAGCGGUUAUGGCGAGCGACUUUGCCAUCUCGCAGUUCCGCUUCCUCGCUCGCCUGCUGCUGGUGCACGGGCACUGGAACUACCACCGCAUGGCCUACAUGAUCGUCUACAACCUCUACAAGAACACCGUCUUCGUGCUCCUGCUCUUCUGGUACCUCUCCCAAACAGCAUUCUCCACCACCCCAGCCAUUGGCCAGCUGAGCCUCAUGUUCUUCUCGCUCACCUACACCACCCUCCCCACCGUCGCCGUCGCCUCCAUCGACCAAACCCUCCUGCCCGCCCGCCUGCUCGCCUGGCCGCAGCUCUACGGCGCCGGGCAGCGCGAGGAAACUUACAACCUGCCCGUGUUUCUGGCUGCCAUGCUGGAUGCCACGUGGCAGAGCCUGGUGCUGUUUCUGGUGGGCGUGGCAACAGUGAGUGGGCUGGAUGGCGACAUGUGGGCGUUGGGGCAGACGUGGUUGGUGGCGCUGGUGCUGGUGGUGACAGUGCAUCUUGCGAUGGACAUCCGACGGUGGACGUGGCUCCACGCGGCUGCGAUUGCGAUCGCUAUACUCGUUACAGUGGUCUCGAUAGUGGUUAUUGACUACAUCCCUCUGCUGCCUGAAUAUGGGUGA